AUGUCAAAGAGAAGAAAGAAUAGUUCAUCAUCAUCAUCAUCCUCGUCUUCAUCUUCCUCUCCGGAGAAAAAGAUCUUUAUUAACCAAUGUGACAAGUACAAGGAAGAGAGAUAGUCUGAAAUUAGGAUACAUUUCUACUUCAAAGAUUUGUAUAUUGGAGGAUUGCCAGAAGAUGAAUUUUUGUUUUAUUUACAUGGACGCAUUUAAAAGGCUGGUCCAUGCGAUUUGUUACAAAUUAGCUCAAUUAAUAAGGAAACACAAACAAUUGAUGUAGCUGUGGGAUUCAAAUAUGAUGACGAUGCGCUCAAAGUUUAUUAAGGAAAGGUCUCCGUUAAAACGAGAGAUAAGCUUAUCCCAGUCUUAUCCAAAGUCUACACUGAAAUGCUCAAAGAACAAGGACAUAUGAUGAAAGAAUAAUAGAGUGAUUAUCGCAAGUCCCAAUAGAAAGAAUUGUCCCGUGAGAAGGAGAAACCCCAACAGUACAUCCCCACCUAUAAUUGUACCAAUAUAACCAAUUUAGAUAACAUAUCGAAAGAAUAACUAUACAUCUUCGGAAUACCUAAGGAGUUUACCAUCGAGGAAUGCAUAACCGAGAUUAAACAGACCUACGACUUAGUGGUGAAGCCUGAGGGAAUCUUUCGAUCUGAGAAGGUCGGAGACAUUACAUAUGAAUAUUUGGAAUUGCAAGUGGAAAGAAUACCUUGCCAAUAGAUCUUAAAGAAGCAACCAUUAGUCUUAAAGAACAUCUCUUUGCUUUGUGUGUAAAAGAAGAAGCGAACAGACCCUUUUAAUGAGGUAUUGAAACCUUAUUCGGUGAUUCUGAGUGGCAAAGUAAAUCUGUCAUAAGUGUAUGCUCACAUGACUACUUUAGGAGGUGUAUUAUUUCAUUAAAUUAGUGAAUCCAAGUAUUGUGUAAUCAUGUAGAGUGAAUAAUCAAUAAUUGACUUAAAAUUGCCCUGCAGUGUAGAUAUUCAAAAGGUAUAAUGUUAAGUCAUUCAAAAUUCUGACUUUACCAUGUAAAUGGCAAGACCUAAUUUGAAUGAAACCACUUAUAAUAAAAUUUAAGAGUUCAAAAAGAAACAAGAGGAAAUGAAAUUGGCACGAUUACAUUCGAGUUCAAGUUCGAGUUCUAGUUCCAGCUCCAGUUCAAGUUCUAGAAGUAGAAGUAGAAACAAAAAGAAGAAGAAAUAUCAUCACAAAAAAAAGCAUUGA